GACUCCAUUUUGAGACAGCUUGUGUGGCACCACUGAGCCCAAAAGCAAAUUUGAACACAGCGUCGUCCUUUCUCUAGGCCCGGAACCCGAGCACGACUCAAAACCCACGUAGCCGACAAACUAACCCUCGCUAACCAUUACUAUCCGAAAGGAAAGCAAAUCUUAUCGUAUGUCCGCUAUUCAGAACCUCCAACCUUAUGACCCCUUUGCUGAUGCAACUAAGGGUGAUGACUGCCUCCCAACUGGGAAAGAAGACUACAUCCACAUAAGAAUCCAACAGCGGAACGGCAGGAAGACCCUCACUACUGUCCAGGGCAUUGCUGCCGAAUAUGACAAGAAGAAGCUAGUUAAGGCCUUCAAGAAGAAGUUUGCUUGCAAUGGGACCGUGAUCGAGCACCCGGAGUAUGGUGAAGUGAUCCAACUUCAGGGAGAUCAGCGCAAGCAUAUCUGCCAGUUUCUCAUUGAUAUUGACCUGGCCAAAGAGGAGCAGCUUAAAGUCCACGGUUUUUAGGCACUACCAGCAGCCUCCCCUCACCUGGAAGACCCAUCAGUCCUCUUCCCUGCCUCUCCUAUGUGCUGCUGUUGCUUUUCCUUCCUCCCACCAACCCCCCUUGUUUCCCACACGACCUCCUGGUAGCCAAGGUGAACAACCUGUUCUAACAUGGGACUGUGUACCACCACCACUGCUGCCCUCUGCCACCUGGGGGCAGACUUGCUGCUGCUGCUGCGUAGACUCACCGAAGUUCCACAUGACAUCCGGGAUGAGUGGUGACCGUCUACGCAUGCGCUUCCUUCUUCCCUGGGUUAUUUUUUUUUUCCUUUUUAGGUCUUUGUGCCACUAUGAGGAGGCACUGUUCAUGUAACUUUUUUUGUUUUGUACUUUAAGGUGUUUCAAUAAAAUGAUGCGUCUCCAA